CGUCUGUGUCCUUGUCCUUCCAGGUCUCCACCCCUGAGUCACUACAGACAAACAACCCAGCAGUCUGCAAGUCAACAAACAAGUGUGUGUUUGUUUCACAAGAUCAUCCGCGGGAAGAACUUCAUCCACAGGAAAUCAACAAAGCCGUGUACCCUGGGAUGCUACUGAGGGUAAAAUAACACUUGGAAAACAGACCUCAGGUCCGACGGGGGGGGGGGGGGGGGGUGAAUCUGCUAGCUGACACACACGCUCACACUGGGACAACCCAUCAUGAGCUCUGUGGUGAAGAAAUCUCUGAAGGUUCCCAUCAAGAUGCUGACCGGCUGUGUGUCAGGGGUGAAGGAGGGAAUGACGUGGUCCAGCAGGGUGAAGAGGAGCAGGUUAGGAGGAGGAGGAGGACGCAGGAGCAGGGGAGGGGGCCAGAGUGUCCCCUCUCGGUCGGGCCUCACCUGGGAACCUCCGUGUCCCUACCUGGCUGACAUGGAAAAGGAGAGGCGACUCAGAGAGGUGCUGAACGCUCAGAAGAACGCAGAGAGAGCUGCAAUGAGGGCUCACUUCAGGAAAAAAUACCAACUCUCAAAGAACUGUAAGGACGCCAGCCACAGGAGAGCAGUUGGAGGGAAGCUUGUGCUCCCCCCACAGCUAGCCAACAUGGUACAUCCCAAGACCAAGACCAAGGACAAAGGCUCCAGCCUGCUCAGCGCGUUCCAAGGUCUGAGGUUCAACGGGGGGGUGGUCACAGGGGGCAAGCCUAGCAAGACACCCACCUCGAAACCAGCCAGUCCAGAAUCCUGCAAAGUCAUGUGAUCGGGGCGCGAUUUUAAUCAUCAUACUUCAUCCUUUAAAAUUCAUUAUUUUUCUGUGUCUUACUUGUAUCUGAAUCUCUUCUGAUGCCUCCACCAUUGGGUGUGUCGUGUGUGGUGUGUCGUGUGUGGUGUGUGGUGUGUAGUGUGUAGUGUGUAGUGUGUAGUGUGUAGUGUGUAGUGUGUUCAGACGCAGGGUGUGUCGGCUGACAGGUCCUGAAGUGGUGCAUCACAUGACACACCAUAGCUGAGCAGCUUCUACAGGGAAGGAGUGUUCAGAAUAAACGAGACUUAAGAGAUCCACAUUUGUGCCCGUUUGUCUCCCUAGCCCUUUGUCUCUUCCUGAUUGGCCGAGCACAGAUCUGUCUCUUCCUGAUUGGCCGAGCACAGAUCUACCUCUUCCUGAUUGGCCGAAUACAGAUCUGUCUCUUCCUGAUUGGCCGAACACAGAUCUGUCUCUUCCUGAUUGGCCGAACACAGAUCUGUGAGGAUGACAAGGGGUGGAUGGUGUCAUGUUGUGAUAAUGUCUCUCGUAGUGGAACACUCUCGUAGUCACUGUUAGGACUGUACUGUACUGUACUGGACCUACCAGACCGAACCAGUGGGUCACCCUGUUCCUCUCAGGACUACGUCUGCCUGGUGAGGGGGUCACCCACACACAGGAAGGAAUCUCAGGGUGUUGCACUGACGUGAAAAUGUGGGACAUGAUAGCUUGAAAUAGUUUUUUAUGUUUUAAAGAAAACAUGCUAGUCUUCCUGUCUCUUUUCUCUGUCUUGGUGAAAAAUCGUGGAAUUCUGUUUUUUACAUGAGCCGAAAAUGUUGCUUUAUCUUUACUUUUUUUAAUGUGUUUCUUUCUUUCAAUCUAGUUUUUGUUCAAAAAGAAAAGUUGACUUGCUAAAACAAAGUACAUUUUUAGUUGUGAAAGAUGUGUUCUUUAUUAAAGAUGACGUUUUCCUCCAA